AUGUAUCUCUCCCUCCGUCCGCGCGACGUCUACAAUUUCGACGAGACGGCUCUGUUUCUUUCGGUCUUGCCGCGCAAGACGUAUGGGGGGUCGCGCGUGCCGGGGCGUAAGCUGGCGAAGGAGCGCCUCACGGUCGGGUUGCUCGUUAACGCGGACGCCAGUCACGCGUUCCGGCCUUUGAUCAUCUCCAAGUCCAAGCGCCCUCGCGACUUUCUGCCCGACUACGACCCGGAGGAAUUGUGCUACUGGCGUAACAACAAGAAGGGCUGGAUGAAUGCGGCGUUGUUCACCCACUUCAUCGGCCAACUCAACGCCGCCAUGGUCGCCGAGGACCGCCAGAUCGCCAUCCUCUUGGACAACGCAAGCAGCCACGUGCUGAAGGACGACGAUGCCACAUCGGAAGACCUUUUCGGCUUCCGCACUCGCAUCGUGGGCAACAUCCGGCUUGUCUUCCUGCCGCCCAACACUACCGCCUUCACGCAGCCGUUCGAUCAGGGUCUAAUCGCAACGACGAAGGCACGCUACCGUCAGCACUGGCUUCGCGCGGUCACGACCUUGUGGCAGGAUGAUGGCGCCUUUCCCGUGAUGGCGCGUUACCGCCCCAACAUGCGCGAUGUCAUCGCAUGGCUCUCGGAGUCAUGGAUGAACAUCCCCGUGCGUACGAUUCAGAGGUGCUGGUGGCGCACGGGGUGCAUGCCACGCUCGUGGGCCAUGGACCUGACGCAUGUUGGCCUGGACGGUCUCGCCACGGCCGGCAACGGCGUCAAUGCCGCUCUCCCCAUUGACCUCGACGAGGACAUUGGGGAUAUCGGCAUCAUGAUCGCCCGUCUUGGCCUCGGGUCUAGCGCCAUGCCGGCCGCCGCCUUCGUCGCCAUCGACGACGACCACCCCACGUGCGCCGAGCCGGGCGAGGACCCGCUCGCCCUUGAGCCGCCGACGGGGUAUUCGGGCGCGUCAUGGGAGGCUCCAUCCAAUAUGCAGGCCGUCUACGAUGACGACAACCCAGAGAGCCACGAGGCGCGGCGUUACGCACGUGCGGCGAGCGAGAUGCUCAUCGGUUACGCACGUGCCACCGGCAUCACGCCGCGCAACCUUUGCGCACUGUUCGAGAUUAAGAACCCGGUCAUCGUCGACCGCAUGGAGCGGGCUAGCCCCCCAAUGAACCUGAACACUGCGCCGAUGCCCGCUCCCCUGCAUGCCGCGUUCCCCGCGUCCACUCCCACGAAGGCUCAUGCCACGAUCGAAGACGCGGCCACCGCUCGCCGCCGCGGGCGCGUUUUGCCUGCGUGGAUGUAUGCACCUGCUCCCACCCGCCAGCAGCUUAUUGACUCUGGCGUGAGUGCCGUCAUGAACGGCUAUUGUAUCACCGGCGUUAUAACAGUCUCAGCGACGAAAAACUUCACCGCAUUCCCAGGUACCAGCAUGGGUCUCCACUCACACAUCGUCGUGCAAGAGCACGAGCUCUACGGUUUCCAAUGCCGCGGGCUGUUCGCGCACAGCUUUAUCGCUCAUGGCGAGGUCGUUUGCGAUUGGGACGAAGGAGAGAUUCGCGGGUACCACGCAUCUGACUUAUCAGCGGAACCCGAUAAGGAGAAGCGCGAGACAAUGAUUCGUUAUGCGUACAUGGUCGGUGACGACUUGUACGACACGACAGCCGACCCCGAGGAUGACCCGAGCUUUUAUUACAACCACUCGUGCGACCCUAACACGUGGUACGCUAACCCACGUUGCAUGGUCGCCCUGCGCGACAUUCAGCCGGGCGAGCACGUCACGUACGACUACGCCUGCACGGAGACGGAGGGUAGCAUGCACGCCGGCCUGCGCUGCCGCUGUGGCGCCGCGUGCUGCCGCGGAACGCUUAACUUCACCGAGUGGCGCUCGCACGACUGGCAGCGACGGUUCGCCGGGCACUGCUCGGCUUAUAUCGAACAGAAGAUGGCCGAGUCGGGGUGGUACGACCCGCGCGUGGUGACUCGUUACAAGGUUCGCGGCGCGGACGCCUUCAAGGGGCUGUUCGCAUUGGCGAGCAUCCGACGUGGCGAACCGCUUCUCGUCUUCGCCGGCAAGCUUGUCGGCCUCGACUACCUGCUGGGAAGCGACGAACGCGUUCGGGAGCUCUCGCUGCGAGUCAACGAUCACCUCUGGCAGGUGCCGGAUCCGACGCGUGGGCCCGAGACGCCCGAUUUCAUCAACCACUCGUGCGAUCCAAACUGCGGAUUGGAAGACUCGGUGACGGUGGUGGCCUUGCGGAACAUCGCGCCAGGCGAAGAGUUGAGCAUCGACUACGGGAGCACCAACGCAGGCGUCGUCCGCACCAGCAGCGACAACUUCAGUUGCCACUGCGGCGCGUCGAUCUGCCGCGGGGUAGUCACGUGCGACGAUUGGCGGCUGCCCGAGCUGCGGCAACGACUAUGGCCGUUCUUCCCGCCGUUCAUCAAGCGGCUGAUCGUGAGAAAGUCGGAGAAGUCGGACUUGAAGCGGUCUGAGAGCGAUGAGUCGUGCGAGUCGAUCGAAGGUGAUGAACUGGCCUUCACCACGAAGAUGAAGGUUCUGGGCUCAGCUGCUUGGGUGUGA